AUGAUGAAUCUUGUUAAGUUCUUGAUCAUCGCUGUGACCAUCUCGGUGGCUUUAUGUCCAACAUUGGUCCAAUCUCGAAAGAUAAAAUGUGACUGGUUGGGUGGGAAUUGCAUCGAUGGUGGAGACAAAGAGACCAUAAAAAUGAGUUCAAGUUUGGAUUUAAGCCGUAGGGUUUUGCAAGCGACACGUUAUAUAAACUACGAUGCACUGAAGCACAACGUACCAGCUAAACAACAUGGUCAACAAGACAGACCGGAUAAUCCAUACCGGCGAGCUUGUACUCUCGCUACAGGAUGUUACCGGCUAACGCAUUAA